ACUUUUGCCUUAUCUACUGUUAGCAGUUGUGGUCGUUAUUCCAUCCUAAAAAGCCACCCAACCAACCAACCAAGCCUCCUUCAGUCAUCGCAAGCCCCAAGGUCGAGCUCUUUCAGCUCUAUCGCCAUGGCAAGCGCCAUCCUUUCCCCAGCAAACCCUUCACAGCUAUGCUCUUCGAAGAGCGCCAUCUUCUCUGCUUCGCCCAAGGCCUUAACGAGAACCCCCCAAUUGGCGGUGGUUAAGGAGAAGGGGAUGAAAGUGAAGUGCCAGGCGACGAGUGUGCCUGCUGAUGAUCGAGUGCCCGACAUGGAGAAGAGGCAGCUCUUGAAUCUGCUGCUUCUGGGCACUCUCUCUCUCCCCACUGCUGCCAUGCUAGUCCCCUACGCCUCCUUCUUUGCCCCUCCCGGGUCAGGAAAUGAAGGGGGUGGAACAAUUGCAAAGGAUGCCAUUGGAAAUGAUAUCAUUGCUGCUCAAUGGCUGAAGGCCCACGGUCCUGGGGACCGGACUCUCACUCAGGGAUUGAAGGGAGAUCCCACUUACCUUGUCGUGGAAAAAGACAGGACUCUUGCAACCUAUGGAAUCAACAGCGUAUGCACUCAUCUGGGAUGCGUGGUUCCCUGGAAUGCAGCUGUGAACAAAUUCAUCUGCCCUUGCCAUGGUUCCCAGUACAAUGACCAAGGCAGGGUUGUGAGGGGACCUGCUCCUUUGUCCUUGGCAUUGGCCCAUUGCGACAUAGAUGAUGGGAAAGUAGUGUUUGUACCCUGGGUCGAAACAGAUUUCAGAACUGGGGAAGAUCCAUGGUGGGCUUGAGCUUCCUCUCUCAGGUUCAAGCUGUAUUAUCCCUUAGAUGACACUGUAUCCAUCGAAGCGAGUUUGUAUAUCUGUCGCCUUUUAUCAUUCGCAAUGUAUGAAUCUCGUAAUGAUGGCUGAAUGCUUCAACGACCAUCAAACUAUUCAGCAUGAUAUCCUCUUUAAUGUACAAUACAUGUUUCUUUCA